UGUGAGAAAAAACAGAGAGCAGAAGAACAACGAUCAAGACGAAAACACGGCCGUUCCCAGAGCCGUCCUCCACACACUCAACACACAGUAAAGUCAGUGAGUCAACUGAAGAUGGUGGAACAACCAAACUUAAAGAUUGAGGAGGCGCACGGUACCACUGUGGAAUAUAGGUCGCACGAUGACGACGAAGACAAAUACAUUGAGGAAGAUGAGAGCGAAGAGGAUGUUGACGGUCCAGAAGAGGAUGUUGACGGUCCAGAAGAGGAUGUUGACGGUCCAGAAGAGGAUGUUGGCUGUCCAGAAGAGGAACAACUUAACAGCAAUGAUGACUUAACGGACGACGAGACGGAUUCAUUCAAUACUGACAAUGUUGUUGUUUGUCAAUACGUCAAGAUCACUCGUGUGAGGAACACAUUUAAGUUAUCACUGAAGGAUGGUUUAAUGACCCGCAAGGGCAAGGAAUAUUUUUUCAGGAAGGCGACUGGUGAAGGCGAGUGGUAGUACUGCCACGACGGCCACCUGUCGAGGCAUUGCCACGACGACCACCUGUCGAGCCACUGCCACGACGUCAUCUGUCGAGCCAUUGCCACGACGACCACCUGCCGAACCAAUACCUGGAGGACAAAUUCUAAACCACCACUAAUAAUAUAUACGAGUGUCAUACACAAUAGUGUGGUCGUGUGUCCGCCACCUGAUUGUUGCACUCACCAUUGAAGGAAAACUUGUUCUAGACAAACUCUACUGAAACAUAAUUGUUUUUAUUUAUCCCCUGUGUAAAUUCACUCAAAUAUUUGUGCUUGCAUAUAAUUUUGAGAGAUAUCCAUCUGAAUUUGAAAGUGAUAUAUAUUUGAUUUUGAGAGGUAUCCCUUUGAUUUUGAAAGAGUGGUAUUCACUUAUUUUUGGUAUCUCUCAAAAUAAAAGGAGAUAUGGUGUUAGAGGAAGACAUUUAUAAAGUUGUAAUGAACACAUAUUUUAUUCCCUUGUUUACAAUAAUAAUGUUGUAGGUAGUGUUAACUGCUCACUCACUACUGCUACAGCAAGAACUACAUCAGUGGGUUAAUUUAACUUGUAUUUCUUAUUUGGUUAUCACUGUGACCCUUAUGAUUUUUAAUAUUUUUUUAGGAACUGUGGUUAAUCAUGUGAAUUUGGGUAAAAAACAUCCAAUCUGGUUGCACUGCUUCAGUUCUUGCCAGUUUUAAGGUACAAAAACAAUGGGGCAACCCCACACAUGUUUCGUGUAACUGUUGUUUGAUUAUUGUCUUGGUUUUCCCUUUCACUGCUAGUACAAGUAUCUGAAUUACAAGAGAGCCAUGUAGAAUGGUAUACAGUAAGCAUUUAUAAUAAAUACCAUUUUCCUUUACUUUUGAAGUCACUAAACACCUAUUGUGACCCAGUUAGAGAAUUUCUCACCUUUAUUAUUUGGACUCUAUUCAUUACAUUUGCUAAGGUGUUUGAUAUUGAAAGUUCUACCUAGUACAUGUUCUAUCAUUGAGAGGUUAUCCUAGUACAUGUUCUAUCAUUGAGAGGUUAUACUAGUACAUGCUCUAUUAUUGAGAGGUUAUCCUAGUACAUGGUCUAUUAUUGAGAGGUUAUUCUAGUACAUGCUCUAUCGUUCCUCCAUGGAAGGGCGAAACGUUUUUCCAUGGAGGGGCGAAACGUUCCUCCAUGGAAGGCCGAAACGUUUCUGCAUGGAGGGGCGAAACGUUCCUGAGAGGUUAUUGAGAGGUUAUCCUAGUACAUGGUGUAUCAUUGAGAGGUUAUCCUAGUACAUGCUUUCUCAUUGAGAGAUUAUCCUAGUACAUGGUCUAUUGUUGAGAGGUUAUCCUAGUGCAUGCUCUAUUGAGAGGUUAUCCUAGUACAUGCUCUAUUAUUAAGAGGUUAUUCACAAGGUGUUUGAAGGCAGACAAGGCACACAGUUGUUGACAUAGAUACCUCCAAACCUAGAGAUAUCUGCACUUGUUGUGUAAGCUUGCUGCUGUGGAUGAAAAUAAAUAACACUAUUGGAAAAAUGCUUGUAAAUACAUUCAAAGCAAAAUUGACAUUUAAAAUAUUAUUCCAUUCAAAAUAUGUUACCUGGAUCUCUCCUGCCCCAAUUUUUUUUUCUGGACAUAUAUGAAUAUUAAUCAGGUUAGAACAAUACUGUAUUUUAAAAAUAUGGCUUCUAAAUCUAAGCUUGGACAAAAUUUAAUAAUAACCACAAAUUGUUUUCUUUGCAUGUGCAGUCAUGGCUGUGUAGAACAUAGCUAAUUACAUUUUGUUCAUAAAAAAAAGUAAAUUCAACAGUAAUGCACUACAAGUCCCCCCCCCCCACACACAGUUUUAAGGAAAUUGGCUGACAUGCCAUGUUUCAUCUGUACCAAUAAUUUCAUACGUAGUAUACAUUUCGCAUAUUUGAUUAAUAAACUUCAAAAUUUUAAUAAAAGUUCUUGUGGAAUUAAGUAUUAAUAAAGUGACUGAGCAGUGGGACUGAGAUGUAUCUAUUUCAUAGUGAAGAAGCCUUAUAGUACUGUUAUAUAUAUUAUUGUAAGGGAGAGUUGGUGUUGAAGACAAAGAAGAAAGAGGUAAACUAAGACCUACACUUUAUUUCCCUUACACCAGGAAAAUUAAUGUUAAUAUUGUUGAUCUGGGAAACCAGAGCUACUCUCAACUUCCCUGGAUCAAUCCAGGUAAGUUGAGAGUAGCUCUGGUUUCCCAGAUCAACAAUAUUAACAUCAAUUUUCCUGACUCCUAUGGGUUAACUUUCACCAUGAAUAUAAUAAAUAUUUUCCUCAGAUAAAGUCAACUUAUACAACAACAACUUUUACUGUAUGAUCCAAGGAAGAAGAGGGUAGCUCCAAUUCCUUGGAUUGACUAUAUUACUUUACAGACUGAAAUUAAAAGAUCUCACUGUCCACAUUUAAAAUAAAUAACUUCUGCCUCGGUGGGAGACGGCCGACUUGUUGAAAAAAAAAAAAACUUCUGAAAUGGUAAAGAAUCUUUUUCUGAAGAUAAUGACAAAAAACGAAAUUUAAUUGAGACCUUAUAGAAUUAUGGAGGCACAAAAUUAGCGGUCUGGGCGUUACUUACGCAUUGGCGAAUUCGCCGACUUUGAGCUUUAUUUUAAACCAAUUCUACCAAAUUUUUAGAUGUUUCGCUAGACUGCUUUUUGUCCUAUCGAUUGAGGACAAGAAACUGCCCAUUCAGCUAUCAAAACUACCCUAUAAAUUGAACAGAAUCAGUAAUUUUAGGAGUUUUAUGUAAAAAAAAAAAAAAAAAAAAAAAAGUCCAAAAUAAACACUAGACAUUCCAGGCACAAACAUUUCCUCUGUUCACUAGUCAUAUCCUCAGACCUCUCCUACAUUUGCUCUGUUCAUUAAUCAUAUCUACGUUACACCUCCCUUCCAUAAACAUUUGCUUUGUUCAGUAAUCAUAUCCUACGUUACACUUGCUUUCCAUAAACAUUUGCUCUGUUCAUUAAUCAUAUCUCCUAUGUUACACUUGCCUUCCAUUAUGAAUUCGUUGCACAAAAUAUUGAAGAUUUACUUUAGUUCAUCAUCUGGCUAAGUCAUGCAUCAGGAAACGUCCUGCUUCCAGACAAACCUUACCUAACCUAACUUUCUUGGAUAAUAAAAUUCUAUAACCAGCAAUGAUUCGCCAUGGUUUAUGGCAUCCCAAUAAUUGAAUCAGGCUGAUUAAAAACCCGCAAAAUAGACCAGAGGGGUAUAGGGAAGCCUUACCCAUCCUCAGGAACAUCUGUAAAGCUCAAAUAUUUCUGCUACCUUGACUGAUUUCAAGCCAUGUACUUCCAGUCCUGGAGCCAACUAGAAUUAUCUCUAUUUAAAUAGUACAGCUGUUUCUUGGCAUUAAGUGAUACCAAGAAACAGCCAGUUAAACCAUCCUAGAAAACACCUCGAAGUUGCUGUUUAAACCAAACACAAGAUCCGAGUUUUGCUUUUCCCAUCAUGCAGAGCGUGAGGCAGGAUUAUGUUUUAUACUAUUUACUGCUCAUACCUUAUUUGAGUGAGCUGAGCUCAUGACACAGAUCAAAGUGAGUGAGCCUGUUAAAAGCCCUCCAUCAGUACUUCGCCAGGAUUCUAGGGUACAGUACUGUGUGUAAAUACCAGGUGGGAAACAGCCUGAUUAGCUCCCAUUUUUCAGAUGAUAUAUCACAGCUGAAAUAGAUGUAAACCAGAACCUCUAUGGUCCUUGUGCAGCAGUGUUUCCGGACAGCGUCGUACAAGGGCAUUUACUAACUUCGGCUAGUAUUUUUACUGCUGAAUUAUAUGCCAUCCUUACAGCACUUAUCCGUAUUGCAUCUAUGCCUGUGUCAUCAUUUGUGGUUGUCUCAGACUCCCUUAGUGCUUUACAGGCUAUACAAAAAUUUGAUACACCUCACCCCUUAGUCCUCCGUAUCCAACUUUGGCUACGCCGCAUCUUUACCAAGCAUAAAGAUAUUGUUUUUUGUUGGGUCCCGGGUCAUGUUGACGUACAGGGCAAUGAACAGGCAGACACUGCUGCGCGGUCAGCAGUACAUGACCUACCAGUUUCUUAUAGAGGUAUUCCAUUUACGGACUAUUUUGCUGCAAUAUCUUCCCACCUUCACACCCGUUGGCAACAACGUUGGUCUACUAUGCUCGGCAACAAACUUCAGUCUAUUAAACCGAGUAUAGGUUACUGGCCGUCUUCUUAUCACCAGUGUCGAGGUUGGGAGACUACUCUCUCCCCUCUUCGCAUUGGCCAUACUCGUCUUACUCAUGGAUAUCUCAUGGAGAGGCGUCUUGCUCCUCUCUGUGAGAAUUACCAAGCUCCAUUAUCAGUCAGCCACAUUCUGUUGGACUGCCCACUUUAUCAACGAGCACGCAGAAUUUACCUCUGUCGUCGUCUUCGCUCCGCUGCUCUCUCUUUACCUUCCCUUCUCGCUGAUGGACCCACCUUUCAUCCGGACUCUCUCAUUGACUUUUUGACAACGACUGACUUACUUCACAAAUUCUGAUCCCUUCAGCCCUUUCUACUUCAAUCUCUUGCUACCUUCUACCCCCGUACUAUCCCCUGCCCCGCUGUUUUCUGUAACCUGCUGAUCAUCCCCCCUCCCUUCUGCCAUCCAAUUCCCUUGCUUCCUUCCCUACCCUGCAGCGCUGUAUAGCCCUUGUGGCUUAGCGCUUCUUUUUGAUUAUAAUAAUAAUAUGGUCCUUGUCACAAAGUCAUUCAUCAUCCCCCCCCAAGGGAGGCUCCUUGACGCUGGUAAGGGGCUCUUGAUCUAGGGAAUUAGAUCUGUGCUCCGGUUCCCUGAAAUGAGCCUGAAUACCUUCCAUCUCUUCCCCAGCUCAGUAUGAUCCUAUGGAUUUACCGCUCCCCCAUGAUUAUAAUAAUGAUUCAUCAUACCCGUGGCCUGGUGGCUAAAGCUCUCGCUUUAUAGUUUAUGUAUAUAAUUUUACUCACAUGUACAGUGUUAUGCAGGGUUCUCCAUGACAUCGUAUGUACAUAUUAGUGGGGAAGUGUGCCAUAAUAAUAUGAAUAUUGUAGUUGUAAGGAAUAAUUUUAUAAUUCAUAAUGUGCUUUUGGAGGUACUGUAAAGUACUCUAACUAUAAUUAUAAAGAAUGGAGUUAGUGAUUUAUUUUCCAAGGAUGUUUGGGUACGCAGAGUAAGCGUGGGGGAGGAGGUCACGUGACGUUAGGAUGGCGGUAGAAGCUGGCGUCGGAGAUGCUGUAUAUUUUAAGUUAAGUUUGCAAUAAUACACUCAUUUUGUUUAUCCAAUUCAAGCCAUAGGCUUUCAUAUGGCUUACCUGUAUGUUAACCCAGGCACUGACAUGGUCAGGGUGCUGUGGGAUGAGUGAUGAAGUAAGAAAUGAGGUUUGUGGUGUCAUGACGGCCUGACGCUGACGAAGCCUAGUGUAAUGGUGGCUGAACCUCCAGCCAGCUGUGUGUACCUUCAUUUGGGCGUGUAGAAUUAAGGUUUUUAUGUUAUGGUGAUUAAAUAGAUAUAUUUUCCUAA